UCCGGGACGUUCCGCGUAAUAUUUCAAAUGAAAUUCGUCUGCGUGUUCGAAUAUUCUCACAUUAAACUCUAUUUACUUAUAUAAACGCAUUUGCGUAAAUAAGCUAUACAACAGUAACACAGCCACGUUUAUAGUCAUAUGUUUAUUUAAUAAAAUAAAUUUGGCGUUUCGGUGUCCUUUUAUAACGAUCUAUUGACAUGUAAACGUUAUUCUUUUAAACUAGAUCACAUUUAUUCGCCAUUUGUAGUUUAAUAACAGACGUUCGUAUGGCAUUUUAUGCUUUUUCUUUUAUUGUAAAAACAGGGCGGUUGAAUUUAAGUGAGAAAUAAGACACCAGUGACAGAAUAUAAGUUUGUGUUUGUGCGACUGUUCGUGUCACAGUAGUGUGGAUCUGAUGUUUCUAAUUAUGUUUAUUUAUUAACAUCUUUUAUUCAGAUUCAAUGUUGUCAUUAAGACAUUAUGAAGACACAUCAUCAGGAGUCCAGCAGGUGGCGAACUCAUCCUUGAAAGCAAACUUUCACUGGACAUCGAGUUGAUCUUACAGACAGCGUUCAUUUAUUACAACAAAACAAGGGUUUAAAUGGCUUCACUGGUGGAUUAUGAGGAUUCAGACGGCGAGACAAGUGAAGAUUGUAGAACUGAACCUCAUGACACUGGGAAUAAUGACCAGCACACUGAAGAUCAACUCUUCAUCGUGAACCCAUCAUCAUCACAGUCUGAUGUCUCAGGAACACAAAACUCAAGAUCUUAUUCAUCAUCGUGUGUAAAGAGAUCUCAUCCAAACCCAACUGCGGUGAGACCGUAUGUUUCUAAAAGACAGCGUGUGUCUACAUCAGCUCUGGUUCAAACAGAAGCAGAACACACUGCUGGAUCACAUCUGCUGUCUGAGGUGUCAGAGACAAUCCGUCCGUAUCUGAACAGAAAACAGGUCGGAUCACAGCUUCCCAAACGAGUUCAGUUUGAACUUCAAGCCCAUCAGGGUCCAGUGAACACACUGCAGUGGUGUCCAGUGGAUCAUCACAGUCACCUGCUGCUCUCAGCAUCCAUGGACAAAACCUUCAAGUUAUGGGAUGGUGUUGACAGCGGCAGGUGCAUGCACACAUAUUCCACACAGCUGGGCUCAAUCCGUGACGCCUGCUGGCUGCCGUGCGGUCGGCGAAUCCUGUCCGGCUCAUUUGACGGCACCGUCGCUCUCACAGAUGUAGAGACGGGAAAGACUGUUGUAAAGAUGGAGAAUGAGUUUAAGGUGGGCUGUGUUACUCCUCGACCCUGUGACCCUGAUGUGUUCCUCUGUGGCGGCUUCAGUUCAGAGGUCAAGGCCUGGGACGUGCGCUCCGGUAAGGUUCUGCGGGUGUAUAAGGCCGGUAUCCAGCAGACGUUGGAUAUCUUGUUUCUGGGUGAAGGUAAAGAGUUUAUCAGCAGUACAGACGCAGUGAGUCGAGAUUCAGCAGAACUCACACUGGUCGCCUGGGACUUUGACACCACCGCUAAACUCUCUAAUCAGAUAUUUCAUGAGCGCUACACCUGUCCGUGUCUCACCUCUCAUCCGCUGGAGAACAGCUUUGCGGCUCAGACAAAUGGAAGUUACAUCGCUCUGUUUUCAGCACAGCGGCCGUACAGAAUGAAUAAGAAACGUCGAUAUGAAGGACACAAGGUGGAGGGUUUUGCAGUGCAUUGUGGGUUCUCCGCAGACGGAAGCGUUCUCGUGUCUGGCAGUUCUACCGGAUCAGUUCACUUCUAUGACUCUCACAGCUCACGGAUGCUGAAGACACUGCACGCACAUGAACACGCAUGCGUCUGCGCAGCUCUGCAUCCACUGUUACCCGGCGUCAUGGCCUCGUGUGAUUGGGGAGGAGAAAUUAAAAUAUGGAAAUAAAUGAUUUGGUAUCACAAAUCAUGUCCAUUUAUUGUUCCUUAUUGUGGAAUAUCAGUUUUAUUCACAUCAUUGUUUUGAUUUUUGUAAUUAAUAUAAGCAACGAUCAUUGUCA